CCGAGGGGAGGGCGAGGGCCGGAGGAGGGGCGGACCCACCGGCUCCGCCCGCGCCAAGCCGAACUCAGCUGCCCGGGCUGGUCGCGACCUUGGCCUGCAGCGGCUCAGAAAGCCGGCGGAGGCGCGGACCAUGCUGCGGCUGGCGCCCGCCGCGGCCCGAACUAUCGUGGACAUGUCGUAUUCCCGCCACUUCCUGGACUUCCAGGGCUCCGCCAUCCCCCGCGCCAUGCAGAAGCUGGUGGUGACUCGGCUGAGCCCCAACUUCCGCGAGGCCGUCACCCUGCGCCGGGACUGCCCGGUGCCACUCCCCGGGGACGGAGACCUCCUCGUUCGAAACCGAUUUGUCGGUGUUAAUGCAUCUGACAUCAACUACUCAGCAGGACGAUACGACCCUUCAGUCAAGACCCCCUUCGAUGUAGGUUUUGAAGGUGUGGGUGAGGUGGUCGCCUUGGGCCUCUCUGCCAGUGCCAGGUACUCAGUUGGCCAAACUGUGGCUUACAUGUCACCGGGCUCUUUUGCUGAGUACACAGUGGUGCCGGCCAGCAUUGCCACUCCAGUACCCUCUGCCACACCCGAGUACCUCACCCUGCUGGUAAGUGGUACCACCGCAUACAUCUGCCUGAAAGAGCUCGGCGGGCUAAAGGAAGGGAAGAAAGUGCUGGUGACAGCAGCGGCUGGGGGGACAGGCCAGUUUGCCGUGCAGCUUGCAAAGAAGGCCGGGUGCCACGUCAUUGGAACCUGCUCUUCUGAUGAGAAGUCUGCUUUCCUGAAGUCUGUUGGCUGCGAUCGUCCCAUCAACUAUAACACUGAGCACGUGGGUACCGUCCUGAAGCGAGAGUACCCCGGAGGCGUGGAUGUGGUCUAUGAAUCCGUGGGGGGUGCCAUGUUUGACUUGGCGAUAGAUGCCUUGGCCACCAAAGGGCGCCUGAUAGUAAUUGGGUUUAUCUCUGGCUACCAAACUCCUACUGGCCUUUCUCCUGUGAACGCAGGAACAUUAACCGCCAAACUGCUGAGGAAAUCUGCCAGCAUCCAGGGCUUCUUUCUAAACCAUUACCUUUCUGAGUACAGAGCAUCCAUGGACCACUUGGUCAAGAUGUGUACCAGUGGAGACCUCGUGUGCCAGGUGGACCUGGGUGACCUGUCCACAGAGGGCAGGUUUACUGGCCUGGAGUCCGUGUUCCGGGCUGUCGAUUACAUGUACAUGGGGAAAAACACGGGGAAGAUUGUAGUUGAAUUACCUCACCCUGUCAACAGCAAGCUGUAAAAACCGAACAAUGGCAUAAAUCAGAAGAAAAAGGAAGUGGGUACUUGAUGCUUCAGAAUCACUCAAAUCAAUUUAUUUUCAGUCAUUAAUGGAGAUAAUAUUUCUUAAAAUGAAAGUAAGUUGUUACAACAUAGGUUUCUCUUUUUCUUCCCUUUUUUUCUUUUUUUACCCCUCUCUUGAAAAAAAAAAAAAAAGUGCUAAUAAAACUUCCCUCCAUGGCUCAGAGGUAAAACCUUUACAUUCAACCCUUUGGUCAUGGACAGUCUCAUUCCAGAUUUUAUUGUUCCUGGGAACUAAAUUAAUUCCUGAUGGGAGAGCUGAUCAAAUCAGUAUGUCUUCAGCUUGAUGAGAUUUUAAAAUUGGUCUUAAAAAUAGUUCACAAAUUCUUUGCUUUGGGAGAGUUUGGUCUUGGGCUAAUGAGUAGUUAAUAAGUGAGAGACACCGCAAAAUAUCAGCACUAUUUCCGAGUGCACAUUCUGAGGAAAUGGCCCUUUGUAGCCUAUAAAUCACUAGCCAACUAUCCAAACAGAAAUUUGGAGGGAUUCUUCCAAAACUUUGAUUUUGUUAGAUUAUUAGCAAAAAUGAUCAAGCAAAUACAGACCCAUCUAAAAGAAGUCAAUUGUAUUAGAGGCUUUUGUGCCUGCGAGGCACAUGUGGAAUGGAAAAUUUCACUCCUCCCUUAAGCAAAUCGGUGCUGAAAACGUACACAGGCAAAAAGCAAGGUUGGGAGAGAGGACAACAUAUUCGGGGGCUUUAAGAACUUAAUACAUGUCCAGGAAAGGUGUGUGUCCCAUCCACAAUGAGGGUCUGCCUAACAGAACAUGGGCCACGCAAGGGGAGGCCGCUCUGGGCACACCGUGGGAGGGUCCUCGCAGACGCCGGGGCAGAACAGAGCAGACUGCACGGCGCACAGUCGGGACCAAGAUCUACAGCAAGAACACACUGGCUCUGUGUCAGGCUGUCUGGCAUGGAAGGUGUGUUUCACCUCUGAUCAUGGGAACAAUAGCAGCCCCUGCUCCUAGUUUUCCGUUUGACUUCUCCCAGGUUCUGGUGGAGUGAGAUGCCUCUUGUCCCGGGCAUCUGAUGUCACACAUGAACGUAACGAGUCAAGUGCCUUCUCUUCUGAAUCAUGCCUGGAGCUGAUCCGCCCGCCUGCUAACCUUCAGCUCACCAAAGACGGCUGCAGCCUUCCUUGUGGACUAGGAAAUCCCACGGUGCCUCUCUGAUCGAAGGCAGAGCCCGCCAGAUGAUUUCACAGCCCGGGGUUUCCGCAUCUCUCACGUGCUAAAUAAAUAGGAAGACAAUUAAAGGCCCAGAAAACUUGGUGACCAUAUUUAAUUUUUCUUGCCUUCCAUCUGAGGAGCAAGGGACUGCUACUGCCCCAUAGCUGUUUGUAUCUGUUUUACAAGAUUUACUCAUUUUCAGGUACCUAAUGUCGCUGCUAGCAUGCAUGCACAACAAUACAAUUUAUAUGGUAAAUGGGACCAAAUCACGGCUUCACUGAAUGUUAUGGCUGCACUGAAGGGAAAUGUCACGGUAAAUAGCUGCCAAAUUAUGGAUCAUGCCGAAGUGUCACAACUGCACUAAAGACAAAUGGCACUGGAGGCUAUUGCCACCGCGGGCCUGUGAGUUAUGAGGAAGGGUAGCGGCCUGAUGCGAGGCUCUUUGUGUCCUCAUUAUAGCAGAGGGUUACCGGUGCAGGGGACAAGGGAAGCCGGUCCAGUGCGGGGCUUGGUUAUUAAUCUGUCCCUUUCAGCCCUAGCGGCUGUGGCAGAACAGAGAGGGACUCAGCCUGGCUUUCAGAUACACAAACACACAAGGGAAGGGGACAAGUUUCACGAGCGUAACCACCGGAAAUGGCUGGUCACGGAAAACCGUGUCCAUCAGACCAUCUCAUCAGAGCAUAGUAUUAAAUUGAAUGCAGUGUGUGUCUGCUGGCUGGGUUGCUCCUUAUGCAGGUAGACGUGUGACGUGGGAAAUCUAAGCAGAAAUGCACUGCUCCCUUUGUGGAGACUUGAGGGGGGAGGACAUCGCCAACUAAAUUGCUUCUUCUAAACUGAAGUGUGUCCCGGUUUCUUUCAUUUUAAUGGGAGGGUAAUAAAGAUGAAAGACCAACAUUUUUACUGAUGGACCCCUUAAGCUACAGAAUAGAAAUUUAUUGUGUUUUUGAAGGAAUACACUAAAUUCAGCUAUGUAAAAAAAAAAAAAAAAGUAUUUUUUUUCAAACACCCAGGUUUGAAAUAAAAUCUAAUCUGAAACCCUCAUGUUUUCUCUCUCCCCAAACUAAGGAACCACAGCACAGGCUGUUUGCAUUUAAUCUCAGGAAACAAGCAUGAAAGAUUCCGCCCAUUCAGAUAAUGCCAAAAAGAUGUUUAAACUUUUUUUUUUAUUCUUCUGAAAAAUGAUUUGUAAAUUGAGGGUCAUAGUUCAGCACCAGUUUCAUCUUCUGGUAUUAUCAUUCAAGACUAGCCUCUAAUGGGAGGUGAAGUGGUGCAAAGCUCUCAACACCUUUCUUCUGAACUGUAUUACAUAUCACAAAAGUACAUCCAUAAUUCAGGGCAAUUGUCAGUCUUUGUUUUAGAGACAGGGCUGGGGCUGGGCGACCGCGCUGGAUGAAUUAUUCCUUGGUUCUCAGGGUGGCCUCUUUGCACGUCUGCCUGGAGGUCUGGGGCUGGGCAGAUGGAGGAUUUGCCUCUGGUUAGUGCACAGAGAGGAGGGAUUCUCAUCCCUCACCAUCCCCUCGAUUUCACAUUGGUUUAGCAUGCAAACACUACAACGGUGUCAUUUCAAUCCCUCUGACGGUGACUUCUGCUGUUGACUGAUUUCAGCAUUUAAAGAAAUUGGAAUAGUUUACAAAACAACACAAGUUUUGCAUGAUCUGUUCGAUAAAUUGUUAUUCUGUGAUUGCAUCUGAGUGGGGUUUCUCAGGAGCAGGACCGAGUUCUGUAAGUGGAAUUACGCUCAGUAUUUAUCUAAUGAAAGUGCGGCGACAAGUAGCUGCUUGUGAUUAAAAUGAAAAUCCCGCGUUAUGUACUUAAGGAACAUUCCUGCUAAUGAGGAUGUAAUGCCCUCACACAACACAGCCCUUCGUUCUGUGUUCACGGCCACAAGAUGCUGGAAACUUGACAGAUGAUGUCAUUUAAGACACAUGCCUGCCGUAGGGACCUGCUUUUUGGCUUCCUGUUUCUGGCUUUUAUUUGGUUAACAUUUCUAAUGGCCACCUGACUGGUAGUGGGUAAUGUUUUAACCCCUUUGUAGAAUUCCCAAUUAGUCCAAAUUUACUACAUUUGGGGCCUUCAGAAUGGGGCAGGGAGUGUCAGUGCUGAGAAUAUUUUUUGUGAUCACUUUACCACAAGGACAUAUGGGAUAAAUACCAUCUUUUAGAUUUAUAUAAAAACAGAUGAGCACUGUGCGACUUCCAGAAAAUAUAUGAUACAGAAAGAGCAAACACAAUCAACGGUGGGGGAUCAUUUCCUCCGGGUUCCAAUACAAGUUUUAUGAAUGUGACCCAGAUGCGAAAUGGCCUGAUUUGAUAGACUUGUAAUUACUGUUCCCUAUACUUUCCACUCUCUUGUUUUAUUAAAUAACAUUUGUUAUUUAUGGUA